AUGGAAGCCAGAGUCGUUGAAGUGCUGGUGGAGGCAGAUUUGAGCGGUGUGGCUGAUAUCGCGGUGUUGCUCGUCAUUGGAACGAUGCACGAUGUUGCUGGAGGGAGUAGGCAGCGGAACGAUGGGCACCAGAGGCACUUCAUGCUGAUUGGGUGUUGCUGUUUUCGCUCGAAAGGUGACGGGUGGGUUUGUGAUGGUAACGGUGAUGAAGAAGAGAGGAGUGUGGAUUGGUGUGGUGAGGUCCAUGUGAGAUUUGUUGGUUUGGGCCAUACGUUGAUUGGGGUUGAUUCUGUUGAAAAUGGACAAAGAAGCAGGAACAGUGAUAAGAGGACUUUUGGUUCAAGAGUCAACAAGAGUGGUUUUCUGUCUUGGUAG